GAUAGCAGCAGCUUCUUGUUUUUAUGAAUAAAUUAGGGUGUGAUCACCUCUAAACAUUCUGUUUAGCCCUCCUUUUUUUUUUAGAAGCUCAUGAAUAUUAAGUAGGUUUUGGGAAACAUAAGCCGGCCCCUUGCACCAUCGCGCUCACACACAGCAGCAUCAUCCAGCAACACCUCUCAGAGCUUUCAUCAGACUUUCUGCGCGGAAAGAAGGAGGCUGAUUCUAGACCGGGUCUCGGUUCUUGAGUUUAUUCUAAAGAGAAUUAAAGAUGGCUUUGAGGGGACCUUUGUUCCGUCUUCUCAGGGCUCAACUCAACCACACAUGCCAACAAAGCAGAGCUCAGUCUGUGGCUGUGCUGGGAGCUCCUUUUUCAAGAGGACAGAAAAGAAGAGGAGUGGAGCACGGGCCUAAAUUCAUCAGAGAUGCCGGGCUCAUCGAGAGGCUCUCCGGUUUAGACUGCACCGUCCAUGACUUUGGCGACCUCAGCUUCCACCGCCUUGAGAAAGAUGACCCCUACAUGGAUGUAAAGUUCCCUCGCACCGUGGGUGCAGCAAAUAAGAUGCUGUCUGGCGCAGUGAGCAGAGCUGUCGGUGCUGGACACACCCUUGUCAUGCUGGGAGGUGAUCACAGCCUUGCUAUUGGAUCAGUGAGUGGCCAUGCCGAGCAGUGUCCUGACCUGUGUCUCAUUUGGGUUGACGCUCACGCAGACGUAAACACGCCGGAGACUUCUCCAUCAGGGAACCUCCACGGCCAGCCUGUGGCAUUCAUGCUCAAAGAGCUGCAGGACAGGAUGCCAGAUAUCCCAGGGUUCUCCUGGACGAAGCCAGUCCUCUCAUCAAGAGACCUGGUGUACAUCGGACUGCGGGAUGUUGACCCCGGAGAGCACCACAUCCUGAAGAACCUGGGUAUCCAGUACUUCACCAUGAGGGAUAUCGAUAGACUAGGCAUCCAGAGGGUCAUGGAGGUCACCUUUGACCAUCUUUUGGCGAGAAAGCAGCGACCGAUCCACCUGAGCUUUGACAUCGAUGCAUUCGACCCGUCUCUGGCUCCAGCCACCGGAACGCCAGUUAACGGAGGUUUGACCUACAGGGAGGGAAUCUACAUCACAGAGGAAAUCCAUAACACAGGUCUGCUGUCAGCCAUGGACCUGGUAGAAGUAAACCCUGUGCUGGGGGCCAACCGCGAAGCCGUAGAGGCCACCGCCUCGCUAGCGGUCGACGUCAUCGCAUCGUCUCUGGGACAGACGAGGGAAGGCGCUCACGUGUCCAUCGACGAGAUUCCUCCAGUGAAGGAGGACACAGAGCAACUCCGCCUGUGAGAGCAUGAAGCAAAGCUAUGGACUUUAUCAACGUCAUCCCUGAGCAUUCCACAAAGACUGAAUGUGUACGAUGAAACAUUUUGAAAGGGCUUUGAGGAGAACACAUAAAUAAUAAUUCAUAUUCAUAACGCUGAGACAAAAGCCGUUGACAUCAUUUAAACCCCACUACACUUGGAUGGGAUUGAUGGGAAUACUGUUAAUUUAAACAGCAAUACUAACUUAUUUCGCCCCUGUUAAGUCAUAAGUUAAGUGUUAGACGUCACAGCUGCCACAUAUUUAUUGUGUGUUUUUGGUUUAUAAGAGAAUGAACCUGCCUCAGAGGUAUGAUAAACCAAGUCUGACUUAGUUUGAAGUCCACGGUCGUGACGUGGAUGUGGCUGUGCCAGUUACUAAAAAAAAGAAAUUAGUAAAGAUGUGUUCGCACCUUUGGACCAGCUGUGGUUACUGUAUUUUCUUUUAGAGUUUACUUUUGUAUUUUCACAGAGAACAUGUACUAGAAUUAGCAUGUAUGAGUCUUGACAUGACGUAGUAUUAAUUAGCUUGAAAACUAAUAUCUAGCUUUGAUUCAAAUGCUGGCACAAAGUCGUUUAAGCAUGAACUGAUCUGAUGCUUGAUCGUGUUUGAUUUGAUGUAACAGAGUUUAUAUUUUGGUCUUCCAUAAAUGUGAUUACAUUUUUUGUUCA